AGCACUAUCAGUCGUAUUAUAAUAAAACCUAGAUAGAAUUUUGUUUUUUAUUUAUUAUCUCAAAUCAAUCGACGAAAUGGAUCGCAGAUUCGGAGUCGGUAGCUUAGUAUAGUUUUGAGUUCCAACGAUUACGGAUGUGCUAUUUUAUAGCACAGUUGGGUUGAGUUUAAGUCGAAAUUGUACAAAUUUAAGAAAGAAGUUUAUUGGUUUGAUGUAUGUUUAAUGAAAAUCGUGAAGAAUUUGUGGAUAAGAUUGAAAAGUGAAGUGUGAAAAGUGAAAAGAUCUGCGUGUGGUACCUAUAAAAAAGGUACCUUUAAGGACGAUUUUAUUUGAAGAUUGAUUAGAAAAACAUAGGAAAAAAUGUCAGCAAACAGUAAAGAAGAGCUACGAAUACUCCGAAAUGGCACUCGUAACAAUAACGUUGUUAAUGGACUUGAUAAACCUCUGCAACCUAAGCCAUUGGGUGAGCAAUCAAAAGCUGUACGAAGACAAGAGUUAAUGGUUGUUUUGAUGAACCUUGGGAUUUUCGCUUGUGGAAUUGGUUUAGGAUUGCCAUCUGUUACUUUAACUCAACUUACAGAUCCAAAUGAGAUGGUUUAUUUGGAUAAGUCGCAGGCUUCAUGGUUUGCUUCUAUUAGUUCCAUAACAUCUCCACUGGGAGCACUCAUGGCUGCCUUACUCAUGGACCGAAUAGGAAGGAAGAAAGUUGUCAUCAUUGUCAAUCUAUUUGCCAUUGCAUCCUGGGCUCUAAUGGCUCUGGCAUUACAGGAACACUCACAUUCAGUCUACAUACAACUAUUGAUUUCAAGAUGUAUCAUUGGCAUCACAAUGGGUAUGGGAAGUUCCCCAUCUGGGCUCUACGGAGCCGAGAUAAGUGUGGCGAAAAUUCGUGGAAGACUGAUUUUGGGUGUGUCUAUCAGCGUGGCUAGUGGAAUUCUGUUAGUUUAUGUCCUAGGAUAUUUCAUAAGGACUGAUUGGCAUAUGCUUGCAAUGAUUCUUCUAGCUUAUCAAGUCACUUGUUUGGCUCUCUUGAUACCAGUUAUUGAAACUCCCAGUUGGCUUAUGUCCAAAGGACGUGCGAAAGAGGCAAAAGCAUCGUUAUACUAUUUCAGAGGGCUUGAUGCUGCUGGUCAUUCCCAUCCAGAAGUUGAAAGUGAGUUUGCUGUCCUUUUGAAGUCCAUACAACUCAAGACUGGUGAAAAGAAGACACCCUUCUACAAAGCUGUUUGUCAACCAGAAGUCUACAAACCCUUGUUGAUCAUGAUUGGUCUAUUUUGCUGUCAGCAGUUUUCUGGAAUUUUUGUCGUCGUAGUGUAUGCAGUUCAAAUAGCCAUUGAAGCUGGAGUGAAUAUCGAUCCUAUUCUGUGUGCAGUUUUCAUUGGAAUUGCAAGGACCACAGUUACGGCUCUUAUGGGAGGAGUUCUUGAAAAAUAUGGUCGUCGACAGGCUGGAAUGUUUUCAGCUGGAGGCAUGGCUAUUUGUAUGUUCGCAUUAGCCGCUACAACUUGGUUCCCUUGGUUGCAUGUUCCUUAUCUUCCUGCUGCCUUGAUUGUCAUCUAUAUCAUCACUAGUACCUUAGGAAUAUUCACAUUGCCAUUCUUCAUGAAUUCAGAAGUCUUUCCACAGAAGGUUCGUGGACCAUGUGCUGGAUUGACGGGAAGCUUUGGAUUUUUGAUGUCAUUUAUCGUCCUCAAGGCCUACCCAUCGAUGAGGGACUUUAUGGGAGCUGAGAAUGUGUUUGCGUUGUAUGGAGUAAUGUCAGUAUUGUCAAUUGCAUUUGUGUACUUUUGCCUACCCGAAACGAAGGGCAAGACUUUGCUGGAAAUCGAAGAAUAUUUCCGGUAUGGUAAAUUUGGUAUUCCGACACCAGAAAUUGAGCUGAAAGGAGUGCUGGUUAAUGGAAACGGAAAGACAUACACCAUCAUGCGGGACAACCAAACAGAAUUGGAAACACUUCGUCAGAAUGGUAACGUGAAACCUACAAUCGUUUGUGGAUCAAAACAACCAGUUCAGUAUAAGCCUUUAGGAGAACAGCCAAAAGCCGUUAGAAGACAAGAACGUAUGAUAUUUCUUCUAAUUAUUGGAAUGCUUGCCUUUGGAAUGGGUUUAGCCUUACCAGCUGUCACUCUUGAUCAACUUACAGACCCCAAAGAACGUAUUCAUUUGGAUAAAUCAGAAGCAUCAUGGUUUGCUUCUAUAAGUACAAUAACUUGUCCAUUGGGUUCUCUUCUGACGGCUUUUGUUAUGGACAAAAUUGGGCGUAAGCGAACAUUUAUCGUGUUCAACUGUAUUGCUAUUGUCUCAUGGGCUUUCAUGGCUCUAGCUGUUCAAGAGAAUCCUGAAACAGUCUUUAUUCAACUUAUGUUAUCAAGAUGUUUGAUUGGUGUUGCUAUGGGAAUGGGAAGUUCCCCACCAGGAGUAUAUGCAGCAGAGAUCAGUUUACCAAAAAUACGAAGUAGAUUGAUAUUGGGAACAAGUCUGGCUAUAGCUAGUGGAGUUCUGGCAAUCUAUGUGUUGGGUUAUUUUAUAAGGGGUGAUUGGCAUCUUCUGGCAAUGGUUUUGUUCGGAUUUCAAGUGGUGUGCGUUCUUCUUCUGAUUCCUGUAAUCGAUACUCCCAGCUCACUGUUAGCAAGAGGAAAACCAAGUGACGCUAAGGCAGCGCUGUCAUACUUCAGGGGUCUUGAUGCUCAUGAAACCCAUGAAGAAGUGGACGCUGAAUUUGACCUCCUCGUGAAAUCGAAUAGCUCUGGACAGAAUGAAAAGAAGAUACCAUUUCGAAAGUCCCUACGGCUGCCUGAAGUCUAUAAGCCUCUUCUUAUCAUCUGCGGCCUUUUUUUCUGUCAACAAUUCGCCGGAAUCUAUGUGGUUGUUGUGUAUGCGGUUCAAAUUGCUUCAGAAUCUGGCUCCACAGUCGACCCAAUUCUAUGUGCAGUAUUUAUAGGCGUUGCAAGAGUUUUGACAACAUGCGUUCUUGGAUUUAUUUUGGAAAAAAUGGGACGGCGACAAGCUGCGAUGAUAUCAGCUCUGGGAAUGUCGAUAUCUAUGUUCCUGUUAUCUACUUCGAAGAACUUUCCAAUACCUUAUUUUUCUGCAACCGUCAUGAUCAUUUACAUUGUAUUCAGUGCACUUGGACUUUGGACAUUACCUUUUUUCAUCGCUUCCGAAGUAUUUCCUCAGAAAGUUCGUGGCGCAUGUAGUGGAGUUAUAGGAUUCUUCGCAUACGUGAUGGCAUUUUUAGUCCUUAAAGCACAUCCAUUUUUAGUCGAUUGGAUGGAAUAUAAUAACGUGUUAAGGCUCUAUGCAGGAAUUGCUAUGUUUUCGGUAUUUUAUGUUUAUGUUUUUUUGCCUGAGACGAAAGGGAAAACCUUACAAGAAAUCGAAGAGUACUUUCGAAAAAGCAAGGGAAAAAAAGAAGUUCAAAAUGUGGAGAUAUUAGAAGUCGAGUUGCAGGAAUCAUUUAUAAAAACAAAAGCGUGAUUAUAUUAAAAUAUUUUGUAUUAAAAAAAGAAAUUCCAAAUGCUAUCUGUGAUAAAAUAAAGCAAA